CACCCCGCCGCGCGCGCGGGGACCUUCCGCUGCCUUAUGAUUGGCUGCGGGGCGGAGCUUCCUCCUUUCCUCGCUCGCUGGCAGAGAGGCCGCCGCCGCCAUGAAUGACACUGUGACCAUCAGAACCAGGAAGUUCAUGACAAACAGAUUGCUUCAGCGCAAGCAGAUGGUGAUUGAUGUUCUUCAUCCUGGAAAGGCCACAGUCCCCAAAACAGAAAUCAGGGAGAAGCUGGCAAAAAUGUACAAGACGACCCCUGAUGUAAUUUUCGUUUUUGGCUUCAGAACUCACUUUGGUGGCGGCAAGACAACAGGUUUUGGCAUGAUCUAUGAUUCUUUGGACUACGCAAAGAAAAAUGAACCAAAGCACAGGCUUGCCAGGCAUGGCUUGUAUGAAAAGAAGAAGACUUCUAGGAAGCAGCGAAAGGAACGUAAGAACAGAAUGAAGAAGGUCAGGGGCACAGCCAAGGCAAAUGUUGGUGCUGGCAAGAAGAAGGUAAUCUGUGUGGUGCUGUACAGCUUCCUACCAGCUCAGUAGCUUAGUUUUGCUCCUCACUGUGGCAAGCUUAGCUGAUGUAUAAUGCAAAACAGUGCUGCUUAAAUUAUUUCCUACAUGUCACUUGAACUAAAGUUAAACUUCUGUAAAUCUUAACGGUGUUGCUCUAACCUCAUCAUUCAGCCUUGCAAUACACAAAGUAGAUAUUCUUAACACUUGUUACUCAGACUACCUAAAUAUCUAAUGCUUACUCUUAAGUUACUGCCCCUCGUGAUCUUACUUACAGAAGAUACAGGGUGAUGCAGGCAGUGAGAUCAGUGUGUGAAUAGAAGGUAGAAUGCCUGCUUUAUGCUGGUUCUAAGUGACUGAUUCCCAAGACAGUGUUUUUUUCCCCUGAUGGGAGCUUCUUACACUGUGGCUGGAACUAGAUACAAGCUUGUCAGGGGUGUAGCUUGGAGUGAGAUGGAGUUCCUCUAUGGUUAAAUACAAAAACCAAGCAAAACUGGGGACUAGGCUGGGUGUGAAGGCAGUUAUCUUCAUUAACAGCUUUUUGUCCAAGGGAAAGUACUGAGUAAGCUAUGCAGCUAAGUGGUUUUUUUCAAGUGUUUUAAUGAGGGAAGCUAAGGUGAUGGAUUUUGACACUUAGCUCUGUAGCUGCUGAAGUGCUUUUACAUGUCAAACUUGAGUAAUCUUCACUUUUGCUUUU